AAGGCAGUUUUGGCCAGCUUUCCCACACCCUCCUCCACUUCCCGAAGACCGCACCUCCCCCGACCCUCACUUAUCUCACUUCCCCUCCGUUCUUUUUCUCUUCCUCUCCUUCCGCUUUGCCGAUCGCGUCUUCUUCCCCAUCUUUGCCUCGAAACAGCACGAGAAUCGUAUAUUUUGUUCGACUCUCUGUUAGAUCCUCAUAAAGGGAAUCUCCAUCGAGUUUCGGGGGGAGUAUAUCUUCCCAUGCUCUGUUAGCCCCCCAAUUUCAAUCUCGUCGGUGCUCGAAUGGAGCCUUCUUGCAGCAAAAUCGAACGAUGUCGGCGUUAAAUCUUUUGGUUGUUUUUGCCGUUUAGAAAUCGAUGGGAUCGGAGCGAGCGGUGGUGGAGAUUAGCUCUGACGAUGAGGAUCUUUAUCCGGAAAAAUGGGAUUCGUUCGAUUGGGUCUCUGACCUGCUCGAUCGUGACGAUAUAGGGGCGGAAGAUGUCGAUGAUGUCAUGGUGGUUGACGAGUUUUCGGUUCCUCCCGCGAAGCCGACGCAGAAUUCUGAGUCGUGGAGGCCGGCUAGGGGUGCUGCGGGUGAUGAGUCCGAUGAUGAUUGCUUGGUGUUGGAUUCUGAUCCUGAUAAUCCGGUCUCGGUUGUUGAUGAUAAGGGCAGUGGGGGACAUGGGUCGGAUGACCUGCUCAUACUUGGAGAGAAGGGGCAGUUGGCUUGCAGGGAUUUCCCUCAUCCACGGCAUCUAUGUGCUAACUUCCCUUUUAGCACCACACGACAUGAAAAGCAUUGCAAAUUGUGCCACUGUUAUGUCUGUGAUUCUCCUGCCCCAUGUAUCUAUUGGGGCAAUGGUAUUGCAAGCACUGAUCAUUGUCAUUCUACGGAUAAAGAUGGAAGGUGGAAAGCACUGCGGCAGUCCUUCAAACAAAAGAGCACUACUUUUGAGCCACAGAAGCUUCUUGAUACAACACUUUCCAUGUUGCCAUCCUUUCAAAACUCAGUACCACCAUGUCGUUCCAACACAUCUUCGCUAUCCAUUCCGUUAUCCAGAUCAAAUCCCCUCCGGCCUUGCUCAGCCACUAGAUGUGCCACUCCAGAUCCAGCUAACCGAAUACACCACCAGAAUUCAGCACCUCUCUCUUAUCUUGGUCAGAGGCCUGGUCAUCAUGCAUCUAAAUCCCACCCAUUAAAUCCCAGAACACAAUGCAUACAAAGACAGAAUCGUGUUGCUGGUGCUUUGACCGCUCAGUCAGUGUAUUCCCAGACAAGAUUUAAAAGGGUUGGGACAGCUCGAUCUGGUCCUAUGAGCUUGAAUGAGAACCGACUACCAUGCAGUGCUUUGAAUAAUAAUCAGUUGCAGAGAAAUGUGCUACAGGGAUAUCAUUUCACACCGGUCACUUCGAGGAGAACUCAGUGCCCUCCAGUGACAUCACACAGGUCUCAACGCCCACCAGGGACACUGCCACAGAGCUCCCAUUCUGCACCAGUAACUUCUCAGAUAUCUCAGUGCCCACCAGUAACAUCAGUGGAUGAUAGCGUGAAUCAGAUGUACAAAACUGCACUGCAGAAAUCUCAAUGUGUGCCAGUAAGAUCACAGAGUUCCCCGUGCCCGACCAUGACUCUAGUAAAUGAUGACACGAAAAGUUGGCAGGAUAUGCUUGCUAGCGUGGCAUCUGAACUAGGAGUCUUUGACAGUAACAGCAGAGAGGCCACCCCAGAUGUGCAACAGCCACUUAUGGUUUCUUCACAACCCCAGCCCUUCAGUCAAUUUGUUUCUGAGACAAAUGUAAGUCAGGAUGUGGAUAUCUGUGGUCAUUCCGCACCAGAAGUGACCAACCUGAAUUCAUUAGGCUUUGACUGCGGAUGGGAGAACCCAGCAGCUCAAAGUAUUCCGGAAAAUGCUCAGGGAGUAGAUUCCCAGCUAAAAGAUGUACAGCCAUCUGACUCACUGGUUUCUGGGUGCAAUCAGGGUUUAGGAGACUCUCGGUUGGGUAGCAUUUUAGCCUUUUUAGAGGAGGAGAUGGUAGCAGAGGGUGCAAAAGAACCAGGGCAACCGGAACUCGAUCCUGUCACGCUGCUCUAUGACUUCGAAGCCACAUGGAGUAGCUUACCACCGGUAUAGUUUUAUGAUCUUCAAACAUCUCUUGGGUCCGGUUCUAUUUUAACUCUCUUCUCGGUUACAAAAUUAUCUGCAAUAUACUGAUACAUUAAUUAGGGUCUUAUGUGGCAAGGAUAAGCAUCUCUCCUGUAUAUUUUUUUCUGAGAUCAGAUAUACUCAUCUUUUUAAAUUGUUGAGUAACCAGAAAUUUCUCAUGUGGAAUUUAAUAUUCCUGAUCAUCUGAACUGUGAGUGAAGAUUAUACUGAGAACUUUGUUAAGUUUAUAUUUGGGGUAAUAGUCUGUGUAAAUGCUCAGGAUUAAGUUUAACAGUGCAUUGUCACCUA